UUUUCAUUUGCCGAGUUGUUCCAAUAGAGCUUAUACAAAGCUUGAGUGUUUCUGUGACGCCAUAAAAGCAUAAUGCCGGAAAAUACUGCAUCUGAAGCCAUUCCAGCGUGGCUGAAUGAGAAAUAUUUUGAGGAUGUCCUGCGUCGCUAUGAAAAGGAUGCCAAUUUGAAAGUGAAAUCUCUGAAAACUGCCGAUGUUACGGGCAAAGGAGAACACUAUGCGAGUGUUAUGUGGAGAGCAGCAGUGGAAGUGAUCACCACAAAGUCUCCCAGCUCUGAAAAGCGCUCCUACGUCGUCAAGAGUGUUUAUGAGGAUCCUGCGAAGAGUCAAAUGUUUGCUUCGUAUGGAAUAUACCAGAGAGAAAUAGAAAUGUAUGAGAAAGUGAGUGUAGAAAUUGAAAAGGUCCUCAAAUCGGUUGGUGAUAACACUCAACUCUUUCCCAAAGCCAUUCACCAUGAUUAUAAGAAUGAAGUGCUUAUUUUCGAAGAUCUCGCCUUGCGUGGCUUCAGAAAUGUUGACCGACGUUUGAGACUUGAUUUUGCACAGGCGAAAAUGGUAAUGGAAAAACUGGCGAAAAUGCAUGCAGCCAGUGUGAUUCUGGACGAAAGGAAGCCAGGAACAUUCUCACACUUCAAUCAGGGCAUCUUCAAUAGAAAAACCACGGCUUUUCAUGAUUUCUUCGUCCAACAUUUAAACAUUUUCAUCGAUGAAAUGUCCACAUGGGAAGAAUUAAAGAAAUAUCAACCGAAAAUGAUUAUGAUUCGUGAUGAUCUCAAUGAGCGCGCAUCUCAAGUCUACGAUCCAUCGAAAGAUUACAUGAAUGUCCUCAUUCACGGCGAUUUGUGGACAAACAAUAUCAUGUUUACCUUUGACGAGAAGAAUAAUGCAAAGGAUUUGCUCUUUGUUGACCUCCAAUUCUCAUCCUGGACAUCGCCUGUUGUUGAUAUUCUCUAUUUUGCCCACAAUUCUCUCAAGGAAGACAUACGCCAGACCAAAAUUACCGAACUCAUUCAGUAUUAUCACACCCAAUUUGCCACUUUGCUGCGCAAGCUCAACACAAAGAAGAAAAUUCCAACACUCCGCGAAAUGCACAUGAUGGUGCUUGAAAAGGAAUUUAUGGCUUUCCUUGCCGGUGUUAUGAUGCAGCCUAUUAUGCUUGUGGAAGACACCACAAAUGCCGACAUGGACACUAUGAUAUCCGAUUCAGAUGCAUCUGUGCAGUUCAAGAAGAAUCUCUAUCGCAAUCCUAAGACUCAGAUUGCACUGAAAUAUCUUCUUCCGUACUUAGAUCAACGUGGGGUUUUGGAUUAACAGUAUUAUGAAGGGGACAAUUUAACAAUUAGUUAAACUAAAUCAAAUAAAUCAUAGAGGGUAAAAAAAUGUAAAUUUUUCUCCAAACAAAGCAUCACAUGUAACAUUGAAAGUGUUAAUAAGAGUAAAUCAGAGCCGGAGAACGAUUCUAUAAUCUCCUAAAUAGAAUCAUUUUAUGUUAAUCCAACCUUGAGAAGGUGUUAUCAGAUGCAGUGCAAAUAGAUUGCAAUUGUGGUUCAUUUGCAAUUUCACCAGUAUGACAAUUUUAUGGUUGAUAUGUAUGAAUAGACUAGACAAUUGCGUCAGUGUUUAUAUACGAAUAAAUUAACUCCUCGUUGAGAAGAGA